GAAAUGGUCACCUCUCGACGGUUCAGUAAUCGAGCAAGUUUUAAGGGCCAAAGAAUCUAGUGUGCGGUGGAGAAUCGAACCAAAAGCGCGGAACAAGACACUGCAGACGGGAUUUCGGGUGUCUUCAUUUUUAUUUGACCGGUGGCGAUUGAUUGUUUGAACAGUUGAAUUCGGAGGUUCUAGUGAUUGUUUUAAGUAGCAUUUCUAAGGAAUAUGACGAAGAAAUACAUAUUAAAUAAAAUGGAUGCAGGCAUGCAGGCUAAGAAGUUUCCUCAGUAUAUAGCAGCUCUGUCAGUUUGCCUGGGUUCAGUAGCUGCUGGAACGGUGCUGGGCUGGACAGGUACCAUAUCGACAAAACUGAGUGCCGGGGAACUCAAUGGAAUUUACGCCGAUCAGGACAUGCUAGGAUGGAUCGGUUCUUUUGCUACUUUGGGUGCUAUGGUCAUGUGCUUUCCAAUUGGGUUUAUCUGUGACGCAAUUGGCAGGAAAUGGGCGUGUCUCACCACCAUACUGCCCUUCUCCAUUGGAUGGUUACUGGUGAUUUUCGCCAAUGGUCCUGGAAUGAUAUACACUGGACGGUUCCUCACAGGUUUAGCAGGUGGUGCAUUUUGUGUAGCUGCCCCGCUCUAUACCAGCGAAAUAGCUGAGAAAGAAAUCAGAGGCGCACUUGGUAGCUAUUUCCAGCUGCUGCUCACCGUGGGAAUAUUAAUUUCUUACAUUUUUGGUUCCGAGUUUUCGCCACAAGUUCUGUCUAUAAUAUGCGUGUUCAUUCCUGUGGUAUUUGGUCUGGUGUUCUUUUUCCAACCAGAAACUCCGGUAUAUUUAUUGAAAAAAGGUGAUCACGCAGGAGCGCUACAUAGUCUUCAAAGACUAAGAGGAAACAACUACGACAGUGAAAAAGAACUAGCAGAGAUAAAACACCAUUUAGAUAAAGAUGCAGAAAAUAAGGUUUCCUUCUUUCAAGCGAUUAGAACGAAAGCCUCCAAAAAGGCGUUAGUUAUUUGUAUGGGGUUGAUGGCGUUCCAACAACUUAGCGGUAUCAACGCUGUCAUUUUCUUCAUGGGAGAGAUUUUCGAAAAGGCUGGAGGUUCGAUACCUUACGCCUACGCCACAAUAGGUGUGGGAGUGGUACAAGUGGUAGCCACAUUCAUCUCAUCACUGGUUGUAGACAAAUUUGGCCGCAAAGUACUACUGAUAGGUUCUGCUUUCUUUAUGUGCAUUAGUGGUGUACUGUUGGGUAUUUAUUUCACAUUGAGUGACCGAAAACUAGUAGACCAGACCACUAUAGACAAAAUUGGAUUCAUACCUAUAGCCAGUUUAGUUGUUUUCAUCACUACGUUCUCUCUAGGUUUUGGUCCCAUCCCAUGGAUGGCAUCCUCAGAAAUAAUGCCCCCUGAAAUUAAAUCAGUAGCCUCCUCAUUAGCCGCCAUGUUCAACUGGUUCCUAGCAUUUGUGGUGACGAGAUUUUACAAUAACUUAGUAUCAGCUAUAGGAGGUGACGUAACAUUCUACAUUUUUGCUGGUGUUUCAUUGGUUGGUACCGUUUUCGUUUUCAUAUUCGUACCGGAAACCAAAGGCAAGAGUCAUAGAGAGGUGCAAGACAUCUUGAACGGUACUCACAGGAUAGAGACCAAAACAAGUGAUGGUAUCGACAAUCUAGCUUACAAAAACGAUGCUGCCUUCCAAUAGAAAAAAUAAUAAUAAUAAGGAACCCAGGAACAAUUUUAAUUUUUAGAUAUUAUACUCUUCUUGUUUGUCCUAAAUUAUUUUUUUUUGUUUAUAUAUACAUUCCUUUUAAUUUUAAGACUUUUUUAAUGCGUUAGACUUUAAGAUGUAUUUUAAUUGAUUAACUGAUACAGUACUGAACAAAAAAAAGCAAAAUAACCAACACUUAACUCAAAACUAACACUUAAUUUUUUUUUAAAUCAACUGUCUUGUACAGUAUUGGAGAAAAAAAAACAAGACAAAGCAUAUAAAUUUAAUUUUUUUCCAGGACUGUACCCGUAAUAUUUAUAGCGUUAGACCGAAAUUUUGAAUUAAUUAACUAGUACAGUAUUGGACAAAAACAAGCGGCAAUUUGAAUUAAUUCUGUCCACGACUGUACCAUUUUAAUAAUUAUUUAUUCCAUGUGAUGAAAAUGACGUCACAGUAGAAGCAGAAAUGACAUUUAUGUUCGAGCAUAAGUCUCGUUCUCUGAACUACGUUACGUCGAUGGUGACACUUCAAAGAACCAAUGAAAUUAAUACAAAAUUGAAACAGCUGUCAAAUGUGUGUUUUGGACAAUUUGUAUUGGUUCUUUGAACCAUCGAUCGCUGGUGACACAAUGUAGAUAUGAAAAAGAAGCGUUCAAGGUUCAAGCACAACAGAAAGAUACAAAUAAUAUCUAAAAUACUCGUUUUUUUAAACAAACAUUUCAGGGUCACCUAUAAUAGUCAAAAACUUCAAAGUUAGAUAUAGUUAAAUUGAAAGUUAUUUUUACGUCUACUGUAAUGUCGAUUUAAUUCGAUAACAAGAUUUUUUUUAGUUAUCUGUUAAGUUUAUUUUACGAAUGAAAACUAUUAUCUAGAUUUUAUUUAUUUUUUAUAUACAAAAUACUACCUUUAUACAACAUGAUAAAUGAAAAUGAUCGUAAAAAAUUAGAUCUCUUAAAGAUAUACAGG